UUUCAAUUUGAAUGAAGAUGCAGUAGAACAUAAACAAAUAAUCAAUAAACACACGAACAGUGAACCCAAUGUCCUACCUUUCCAAUUUUACUGCCGAGACCGGAAAAACCAUUCUCAUCGAUGUACUGAAGACGGCAAACCUGCCGGACAAUGCCAAGAAGCUGUCCGAGGCGAAGGCCAAUUCCGGCAAGGAGAUGAUCAAGAUGAUGCAGUACGUGUUUCCGCUGGUGAUGCAGCUGCAGAUAAAUGUCAUCAAGGAGUAUGGAUUUCCGCCGAACCGCGAAGGGUUGGUGCAGUUUGAGCAAAUCAUUCGGGAGUUCGAGCGUGAGGACGUAGACAUUGCCAGGCUUCGGUCGCAAAUACGGUCGAUCUAUCUGCCGCCGAUCAACAUCAAUAGUACAAAUGACGUUCUGAUCUAGGAGGUGGGCGGAUACGGGUCUACUACGAAAGGCCGAAUCACAAAAGGCCGAAUCACGAAUGGCCGAAUUACAAAAGGCCGAAAGCAAAAAAGGCCGAAUGCACAAAAGGCCGAAAUCACAUAAGGCCGAAUCACAAAAGGCCGAAACCACAAAAG